GAGGUAGCAGCACUGGUUAUACCAAGUUUAGAAACAGUUGCAAUUGUUGGAAAUUGUACUACACAAGUAGUUUAGUCAAUAAAUAUUUAUUGUUGUCCUCAAAUUUCUAAAAAGGUCCCGGGACUUUGAUGUUAACAUUAUAAUUUUCUAACGAUGAUUACUUUGCCAAAACGAGUCCCCAUUUAUGAUUAAAAAACGGCUUAAUGCAAUUUAUACUAAUUAUUAUACAUUCGAUUUUUAAAAGAGUUUGUAUUCAUCAAUAUCUAGGUAUAUGCUUGACAAUGCGGUAUGUCAAGUUUGACUAAUCUGACACCGUUAUUUUGAAAAAUAUUGUGAAUCAGUUGUGUAUGUAUUUUUAUGUUUUGUAUUUAUUUCUUAGUAAAGUCUUGUGUAUUUUAAAUCAAAAUGAAGAUAUCUGAAUGCAAACAUAUACGCAUAAGAGAUAAUAAUGCUUACGGAGUCGAUCCCGAAACUCUUGUUAGAUACAUUGAAACCCAAUAUGAUAUGGAUAUAAGAUCUUUACCGUAUUGGAAAGAAAUAAUAAAGCGUUUCCAAGUUUCCACGACAGAUUGUAAAAGAAUUAUCCAAAAUGCGAAAAGAAGAAAGCACGAAAUUAUUCAAAAGCUAUAUGUGGAAUCUACGAGGCUCUCCCCAUUCCAACUAACGGAUAAUCUGGUAAGAACUGGUAGUCUAUGGAAAAUGUUAGAGGGAGAAAAAAGAAGAAAAAAAAUUCCAUUCAUCAUUGGACCAGAAAUUAUACCGCAAUCUGAUAUUUCCGAAAGAUCUUUUGCAGAACAGAGUGAAUUGGAAUCUGGUCAUCAAAAUACAGAACAAAGCAUACCCAAUCUGGCAUUGGAACCUUUACCAAAAUCAGAACCAGAGUCUGAGGCACCUGUUUCUCAUUUGCCAGUACAUAUUAGCACAAAUCUACAUGAGCUUGUUGGUCCUUCUUCGACAUGCAGCUAUUUGAGUCAUAAAUCAGAAGAAACAACGGAAAGAAAGAGUAUUGUUAUUGUCGAAGAAAAUGCAGAAUGGAAAAUGCUGCCUGAAUCGACCUUAGUGAGAAGUGUCCCAAAUGAAAUUGUCAUUGAAGAUGAUUCAUUAGAAGAACAAGUUAUCAAAUUUUCGAUAGUUAAUUGUGGAACAGAAUACAUCCAUAUCAAAUUUGUUUGUGUAACUGAAAAGUCACCUUUUAGGUAUGCUAAAAUAAUACCGAAGACACCCGGUAAAAUUUAUCCAGGCUUGUCUAUUGUUUAUAAGUUAAUAUUCAAAGUUGUUCAGAAUGAAUUUGAUUUUGAAUCUAGCUUAUAUUUCAGAAUAGGACAGAUUGUAUUAGCAGAAGGGUCAACAUUAGAAUCGUUGUGUAUUCCAGUGAAAAGUAAUUACCUCAUUAUGAGAAACGUAUCAGCUUCUGAAGCAAUUUAUUUACCUCCCGUAUAUUCUUGGCAUUUAGGCGGUGACUAUGGAUAUCCUACAGGUUAUAUAAAUGUAUCAGUUUUGGAUAAUUUCUCAUACAAAAUUCACAUUACAAAAGUAUGCAUAGAUUUUGAUGAUACGCAAGACAACAGUACACAACCAUCAGGCUAUGUUUCUAUAGAGAAUGUAGAAAUGCAGAGUGUUCCGCAAUUUGAGAUACAAAAUGUAACAGGUGAAGUUGAAUAUAUUGACAGUGUAGAGCUUAUAUCUCCCCUCGUGUUCGAUAUCGUUGAAGCAUCGCUUGAGCCAUUUUGGGUUGAAUAUACAUAUUUACAUCUAUCAAAGCUAUCUCAUUUCAAAAUUCCUGUAUAUCUUACAAAAAUAGAGCGAAUCGGCAGUCACCACGCUUGUUAUGAUAUAGAAUUUUUUGAUUCCUUUACGGAAAAUAAGAUGUUUACGAAAACCGUCAAAGUCUUUGGUGAAAUUCUGGCUCAUCCAAUACAAAUUCAUCCUCCAAUACUGGACAUGAGUAAUUCGCCUGUAUUGCAUGGAUUUUGUGAAGACAAGUUCGUUAUAGUUAAUACUCACAAGUUUUAUUUAGCGACUAUCAAAAUUAAGAUGACUACUAAAAUGAAAAAACUUUUACGUGUAAGCCCAAUGGAAGUAGCAAUACCCCAAAUGUCGAGUGUGUCAUUUGAUGUGAGGUUUUGUUCUCCUGGGUUAAUAGAGCACGAUUUUGAGGAUUUAGUGCAUUUUACGGUUAAAAUUAUUGUGUCGGGAUAUAAAGCUAUUUAUCACAAAGUACCUCCAUUUUACUAUGAAAUUAUAGCACCAUGUAUUGGGAUAUAUGAAAAAGUGUACAAGAAAAAGAAAGUUGAAACAUAAUUAUGAAAUAAAUUUACAUGUGCAAAAUA